AUGCACUUGGAGCCUAUUGAAUUGAAUAGGAGGACUGUCAGCGAGAUAGCAGGUUCUAUAUCUAUUGCCUGUUGGGUAGUUGUAUUUGCGCCACAGAUAUAUGAGAAUUUUCGAAGAAAAUCAAGUGAUGGACUUUCACUGAUGUUUAUAAUUCUAUGGCUGAUUGGAGAUAUCUUUAAUAUCGUGGGUGCAAUAAUGCAAAACUUGCUGCCCACUAUGAUUAUUCUUGCAGCAUACUAUACUGUUGCUGAUAUCAUACUAUGGUUUCAGUGCAUAUGGUAUAACAAAAAUAAUGCCAACAAAAAGCCCUCCCUGAAUAGGACUAACAACACAACACAUAUAAACUCUACAAACAUUCAAAGCAAGAUUACUUCAAACUCGGAAAAUGACACAAACGAUGGAGAUAUUGUUGAGAAUACUACUGAAUGUGAGCCUAUGUUAACUGGAGAUUCUAUCGAACAUCAUUCCAGUGCUAUGAGAAGGCAUGCUGAUACUCCAACAAAAACACCGGAAAUGGAAGAUAUAGAGAGUAGAACUACUAAGGCUAAGAAGAAAGAAAACUAUAUUAAUGAUCUUUUUAUAGUUACUGUCGUCAUGUUUGCUGGGUUUCUAUCGUGGUAUAUAUCCUACUGUAACAAUACAGAUAGCAGGAAGUCGCCCAAGACACCACCCUCUCUUGGUGAUUCAGAAAAGAUGAAUAUCUUAGCCCAAAUAUUCGGGUACCUAAGUGCGGUUCUCUAUCUAGGAUCGCGUAUACCUCAAAUAUUACUGAACUUCAAAAGAAAGUCUUGUGAAGGUGUGUCACUACUGUUUUUCUUAUUUGCAUGUUUGGGGAACAUAAAUUUCAUUUUGUCCGUUUUAGCGGUGUCGGUAAGCAAAAAAUAUCUUUUGGUUAAUGCUUCAUGGCUAAUUGGAAGCGCAGGUACUCUUUUGCUUGAUAUGACUAUAUUUGCCCAAUUCUUUAUCUACACUCAUAGCAAAGAUUCAUGA